AUGAAGUGGUCACUUGCCAGCGGGCUGGUCUCACUUCUCGUGACGACUGUCACAGCUUGGCCCUACGACGAGACCUACGUGGGUUAUAACCUCAACGAAAAUAAGACGGCCACCGAUCCGGCAGAUUACUGGGGAACAUGGCCUGGCCACGAGGGAAAAUAUAACCCCUCCCCGGAUAACUGGCGGUUUCCAUUCUACUCUCUCUUCUUGGAUCGCUUUGUGAAUGGUGAUCCUACCAAUGACAACGCAAACGGUACCACCUUCGAGCACGAUGUCGACCAACGUAUUCGCCAUGGUGGUGAUGUGGCCGGUCUUGUUGAUACAUUGGAUUAUCUCCAGGGAAUGGGAAUCAAGGGUAUCUACAUUGCAGGAACCUCUUUGCUGAACCAGCCGUGGACUUCGGACGGAUACGGUGUUUUGGAUACCACGAUUCUCGAUAUGCAUUACGGCACUAUUCAGGUUUGGCGAAACGCCAUCACCGAGAUACACAAGCGCGGGAUGUAUGUCUUGUUCGACAAUACCAUUGCGACAAUGGGUGACUUGAUUGGAUUUGAAGGCCAUCUCAACACAUCGACACCAUUUUCGGAGAAAGAAUACAAGACACUAUGGAAGACUGAACGCCAGUACAGAGACUUCCACAUUGGAGCUGACUACAACACGACCUGUGACUACCCUCGAUUCUGGUUCGAAGAUGGAUUUCCCGUGAAUGAAACAGAGACCUCGGCCUUGGUUGGAUGUUUCAACAGCGACUUCGAUCAGUACGGUGACAUUGAGGCUUUCGGUGUGUGGCCUGAUUGGAAGCGUCAACUGGCCAAGUUCGCCUCCGUCCAGGAUCGUCUCCGUGAAUGGCACCCAAGUGUGCGCGCAAGGUUGAUCCGGCACUCGUGCAUGAUCAUCCAGUCUUUGGAUAUUGAUGGCUUCCGUUAUGAUAAGGGCACACAAUCCACCGUGGAUGCCCUGGGAGACAUGUCCGCUGCCUAUCGAGAAUGUGCGCGCGCGGUCGGAAAGGAAAAUUUCUUUAUCACUGGCGAAAUCACUGGUGGAAAUGACUUUGGUUCAAUUUACCUCGGAAGGGGUAGACAGCGCAACCAGUGGCCUGCUGAUUCAGCGGCCACAAUGAAGUUGACGAAUGAGUCCUCUGCCCAGUGGUUCUUACGCGAAGCGGGACACGAAGCCAUCGAUAGUGCGGCCUUCCACUACACAACAUAUCGUGCCUUGACUCGAUUCCUCGGCAUGGACGGGCAACUUUCAGCUGGUUACGAUGCGCCUGAUGACUGGGUUGAGGGCUGGGACUACAUGUUGAGAUCAAACGAUUUGAUCAAUGCUAACACCGGCAAGUUCGAUCCUCGACACAUGUAUGGUGCCACGAAUCAAGAUGUCUUCCGUUGGCCAUCGAUUGCCAACGGUACGCAUCGACAGUUACUUGGUGCUUACGUGACUACAUUGAUGCUCCCCGGAAUCCCGCUUCUUCUUUGGGGCGAAGAGCAGAACUUCUAUAUCUUAGACGCCACCGCGGAGAACUACAUCUAUGGGCGACAGCCAAUGUCACCUGCAACCGCGUGGACGAGUCACGGCUGCUUCAACUUGAUGUCAUCCCAGUACUACAAGUGGCCUCUUGACGCCGCUAAAUCGGGCUGCAAGGACGUAGCAACUGCUUACGACCACCGCGACCCUUCCCAUCCUGUGCGAAAUAUCAUGAAGCAGAUGUACCACUUGCGCGAACAGUUCCCAGUUCUCAACGACGGUUAUUCCCUUGGCAAUUUGUCCAAGAGAACCGAUUACGUUUACUACCCUGGUUCCAACGGUACGGCCACGGAGACCGGAAUGUGGUCCAUUUACCGGGAUGUCAACACCCAGGUGCAAGAUUUGGGCUCUGAUGCCAACAACCAACCGGUCUGGCUUGUUUACCAAAACCUCAAUGACACGAGGACAUACACCUUCGACUGCAGCUCCACAAAUCCCAACAAGACACUCACCUCUCCAUUUGCUUCUGGCGUCACUGUCAAGAACCUUUUCUACCCGUAUGACGAGGUCAAACUGAUAGAUGGAGCGCGCACCCUCGGCUUCAAUGGAUCUAAAGAGUUGAACGGCUGUGUGGAAAGCUUGAAGAUGAAGGCAUACGAGUUCCGCGCAUAUGUCCCUAUUGCUAGACACAAAACACCUCGGCCCAUGAUCACCAAGUUCACUCCUGGCCAUGAUUACCCCAUCCGUUCUACCGUGGCGCCCAACCUUCCCGAGAAAGUGGAGGUUGAAAUUUACUUCUCAGAAGAAAUGGACUGUGACUCGAUAACCGAAGGAAUUACCUUCAAUUCAUCCACGGAGAUUGGGAAGACUCCAGUCCUAUCUUCCAGCAACGUCAAGUGCACAAAUAUUACUAGCAUGCUCCAAACAAAUUGGACCGCUGAGAUCCCAAGCGUUUGGAAGUGGACAGCAAACCUCACUGGAGUGUACAACGGAGUUCACAAAAUGACUCUCACCAACGCAUCUAACGUCGGCAAAACCGAUUUUACCUACUCUGUUGAUCACUUCCUCUUCCGUAUCGGUCAGAUCGAUAACCCUAUGGUCUUCAAUACUGCGAACUACUCCAGCAGUUUGCUCCACAAGAAAGCAAACGGCGACCUGUUUAUCCAGCAUCACGCUGCCGGUGCAGACAAGUAUCGUUAUUCUACAAAUUGGGCAUCGUCGUUUUCCGGCUGGAAAGACUACAAAGGUGGAAAUGAUACCAUUACCAAGCUCCCAUGGUCAGGAACCAAGGCCCAGGAGUGGGAGGGUGAACAUGUACGUGUCGAGUACUGGAGUCGUUUGACCGGAAGCAGCGAUUAUGUGCAGCAAGGUGAUGCUGAGUGGAAUUACCCAACCACACGACGAUUCCCACAUGCUUUCUUCAACGGACCUUACAAUCAGUAUGGAUACGACGCGGGUCUCGACAACAAAAUCAAGUUUGACACCAAAACUGGAGUCUGGUGGUACCAUUUCACAUCCGAAUGGCCCGCAGUCGGGCAGCUCAACAUCUGGGGAAUCAAUCCAGACGGAAAGCCCGAUCAAAGCUGGGUUUUGGGUGACAUUGACAAUGAUACAAUCCUGGACAGAAGUCCCCCGUCUGCUCUUAGUGCAACUUUGAUCAAUAUCACCCUUGCGCCAGCUAAAGGAUACCUCUCACACAAGCUCUACUUCGACGAUGGAACGCUCCGUUUCUGGCUUGAUCCGGUUGGACCUCAAUCUACUCAGAUUGCCCUGUUCGUGUUGUUCUGGAUCAUACCAUUCCUCACUGCCGUGGGAUGUGUGUACAUCUUCAUGAAGUCUUUCUACAAGGUCAAAUUCAACCAAGUCGGUGUGAGCGAGAAGCAAAACAUUCCUCUCGCAAUCUGGAACAAGAUUAAGUCCACCACUCACAGGGAUCCAUCUUCAAACCCACUCAUGGGCUUGGCCAAGAAAUCCGGCUUCAUGCAGAGUACCUCCGCUCUGGGUGGAGCUCUUGCAUCUGGGAAGCGACGUAUGGUUCUAAUCGCCACCAUGGAGUAUGAUAUUGAGGAUUGGGCUAUCAAAAUCAAGAUCGGUGGUCUUGGUGUCAUGGCCCAGCUCAUGGGUAAGACCCUAGGUCACCAAGAUCUAAUUUGGGUUGUGCCUUGCGUUGGAGGUGUCGACUACCCUGUGGACCAGGUGGCAGAGCCUAUGACAGUCACUAUCCUCGGCAGCCCCUACCAGGUUGAAGUCCAGUACCACGUCUUGAAUAAUAUCACCUACGUCCUGCUUGAUGCUCCAGUGUUCCGCCAACAGUCGAAGACCGAGCCCUACCCUCCUCGUAUGGAUGACCUUGACAGUGCGGUGUACUAUUCCGCGUGGAACCAGUGUGUCGCUGAAGCCAUCAAGCGUUUCCCAAUUGAUACCUACCACAUCAACGAUUACCACGGCUCUCUCGCACCUCUUUACUUGCUACCAAGAACCAUCCCCGCUUGUCUUUCAUUGCACAACGCUGAGUUCCAGGGUCUCUGGCCUAUGCGAACCAUUAAGGAAAAAGAGGAGGUUUGCUCGGUCUUCAACCUUGAUGAAGAGGUCGCUCGUCGUUACGUGCAAUUCGGUGAAGUGUUUAACUUGCUCCACGCUGGCGCAAGUUAUCUCCGUGUUCACCAGCAAGGUUUCGGUGCCGUCGGUGUCUCUAAGAAGUACGGAAAACGUUCUUAUGCUCGCUACCCUAUCUUCUGGGGUUUGCAUAAGGUCGGAAAUCUGCCCAACCCUGAUCCAUCUGAUGUUGGUGAGUGGACAAGGGAGCCUACUAAAGAGGCGGAUAUCACUGUGGAUCCAACAUACGAAGCUGGCCGUGGUGAGCUUAAGAGACAGGCCCAGGAAUGGGCAGGGCUCGACCAGAACCCUGAUGCCGACCUGCUUGUCUUUGUCGGUCGCUGGUCUAUGCAAAAGGGUGUUGAUCUUAUUGCGGACGCACUGCCUGCUGUUAUUGAAGCUCGGCCCAACGUGCAGUUGAUCUGUAUUGGCCCCGUUAUCGAUCUCUACGGUAAAUUUGCUGCCCUUAAGCUUGACCACAUGAUGAAAGUCUACCCCGGACGAGUCUUCUCAAAGCCUGAAUUCACUGCACUUCCUCCAUUCAUCUUCUCUGGUGCCGAGUUCGCCCUGAUCCCAUCUCGUGACGAGCCCUUCGGUUUGGUUGCCGUAGAGUUUGGCCGAAAGGGUGCAUUGGGUAUCGGAGCUCGUGUUGGUGGUCUUGGCCAAAUGCCAGGUUGGUGGUACAAUGUGGAAUCUAUCUCGACGUCUCACCUCCUCAUGCAAUUCAAGCUUGCAAUUGAGGCUGCCCUGAAUUCCAAGACAUCCGUCCGUGCGAUGAUGCGUGCGAGAUCUGCGAAACAGCGUUUCCCUGUUGCUCAAUGGGUUGAGGAUCUUGAGAUCCUCCAAUCUACUGCCAUUGCGGUUCACAACAAAGUCAAAACAAACAACAACAACCCUCGACCUGGCACUUCUUCUGGAUUUGGCAGUCUCAGUUCAGCAAUGAACUCUAUGACUAGCCUCGGCAAUGGGAUGCCUUCACCCGGCAUGAACUCUCCAUUCGCGCAUUCCAGAGAAAGCAGCUACUCAUUCAAUCAAAUGAACAACAUGACCCCACAAAAGAAGGUCAGCUACAGCCCAGAUCCUAGCAUGGAGGAAACGGAGAAACCGAAGUCGGGACUGAGUCGCUCUCUCUCCCUUGGUGUCCGCUCAGGCCCCGGUCAUGCUGCACGUCGCAAAAGAGCAGAGGCGGGUAUGGGUAUCCCAGAAGCCGAUGAGAAUGGACACACAGAUGUCGAAGGCGACGAUAGUAGCGACGACGACGCUGCCCACCGCGCCUUUGCCGAUGACGAAUACACUCUCACCCCCGCCCAAGUCGAGGCAGGACGACGAGCCCAGGCUGCUCAAAGGGAUCGUUCUCAUAACUUGCCUCCUUCUUCUCCAACCAGAGAAGUCAGUCAAGAGUCUUUGCAUCCCAGGUUCAUGGUUCCUUUGGAAAGCCCGGGAAGCCCAGGAACACCGCCGAACGCGGACAGUCUUCUCCUUCCUCCCCAGCCAUUUGCUCAGUCAAACCGUUUAAGUUCCGCAUCCGUUCUCUCCCUGGACUCCGUUGUCGGCAACAAGACAGACUUCAAGCUACAGAAGGUUGAUCCUUUCUUCACAGAUAGUACUGGCGAGUACUACAGGACGUUUGACAAGAAAUUGGAUAUCUUGAACGGAUCCAACUCUGAGUCGCAACUUUGUAUCGAAGAGUUCCUGAUUAAGAGUGAGCAGCAGUGGUUCGACAGGUUCCGCAAUGCCAGACUGGGUCGCAGCAAAUCUCCCACGCCAUCGAUUCGCCAUUCAUCAAGGAACACUGAUACCCCGGACAACAUGUUCUACAGCGAUGAUCUCGUCUCCAACGUGAACAGCAACGAAGAUGUUCUCCAAGAUGAUGAGUUCCUUCUCGGAAAGGACUAUGUUCCUCCCACUGGCCUCAAGAAAUGGAUGCAGAUCAAGAUUGGAGACUGGCCCGUCUACUCUAUCUUCCUCGCUCUGGGCCAGAUCAUCGCCGCAAACUCUUACCAGAUCACUCUACUCACAGGUGAAGUUGGUCAGACUGCGGAGAAGCUGUAUGGAAUUGCGACAACAUAUGCCAUUGCAUCCAUGUGCUGGUGGCUCGUGUUCCGGUACUUUAAGUCUGUCGUCUGUCUUUCUACUCCCUGGUUCCUAUACGGUCUUGCAUUCCUCUUGAUUGGAUCUGCUCACUGGCAGAGCGAUUCCUUCAGUCGGGGAUGGAUCCAGAAUGUCGGCACUGGUUUCUAUGCCGCGGCCUCCGCCAGUGGAUCCAUCUUCUUCGCUUCCAACUUUGGUGAUGAAGGAGGUGCUCCCGUUGAAACCUGGAUUUUCCGCGCCUGUGUAGUUCAAGGUAUCCAGCAGGUAUACGUUAUUGCCCUCUGGUACUGGGGUUCUACUAUGACCAAGGCCAACGCAGAUGGUCUUUUGACCGCUACGACCAACAUUGCCAAUAGCUGGAAAAUGAGCGCGAUCUGUUACCCCAUCGCCGCCUUCCUGUGUAUUGUCGGUGUCCUGUUGGCUUUGGGACUUCCCAACUACUACCGCCAGAAGCCCGGCAAGGUGCCAUCCUUCUACAAGUCCCUUUUCCGGAGAAAGAUCGUCGCUUGGAACUUCGUCGCGGUCAUCCUGCAGAACUUCUUCCUCAGUGCACCAUAUGGUCGCAACUGGAGCUUCCUGUGGACCUCCCAGCACACCCACCCGUGGCAAAUCGUCCUUCUCUGCAUUGUCUUCUUCGGCUUUGUCUGGUGCAUCUUCCUCUUCGUCGUCAGCAAAUGGUCCAAGAAACACAGUUGGUUCCUUCCUGUCUUCGCUUGCGGUCUGGGCGCACCCCGCUUCAUCCAAAUCUGGUGGGCCAUCUCCGGCGUAGGGUACUAUCUGCCCUGGGCCGGUAGUUACACCUCCGGCGCGCUCGUCUCCCGCAGUCUCUGGCUGUGGCUGGGCGUGUUGGAUUCCAUCCAAGGUCUUGGAUUUGGUAUCAUCCUUCUGCAGACUCUCACUCGAGUCCACAUGUGUUUCGCUCUCGUUGCAUCUCAGGUGCUUGGUUCCAUUGCGACUAUCUGCGCCCGAGCUUUCGGCCCCAACAGUGUGGGCCCCGGUCCGAUUUCUCCUGACAUCACCCAGGGCGCCCAUGCCUUAGCUAAUGCCUGGUUCUGGGUGGCUUUGUUCUGUCAGUUGUUGAUCUGUGCCGGAUUCUUGCUGUUCUUCCGUAAGGAACAACUCGCCAAACCAUAA